UAUCUACAUGAGAUACGAUAAAAGUGUAAGCAAGUGCGCCAUGUUAUUGAUGUAGAUAUUUAGUGUAGCAAGCAGUCGGUGUACACUGCAUACACCAUGGGGGCGGUUGAUGAAAUGUGCAGCCUUCUGGAAACCCACGCUAAUCGGGACAAGGUUGUUUCUCUCGUGAGCUACACAUUAAAGCUAUGGGGUGCAACAUCCAAGAGUCAGCCAUUGCUAACAGCGAGCGGGCGAAUCGCCGCCGCGCGCGCCACUUUACGGCUGUUCGAUGACGCAGCCGCGAUCAGAGCGCUUCUCAAAUAUGGACUCGGCAGACAAGACGGCUUAUUUUGGGGCUUUUUAGGUGUGAGUAACGGUGUGCUCCAGCUAUCAUACCUGCAGUGCGAGAAGUUGGUGUGGCUGAUGGACACCGGCUUGCUCAAAUUAUCUCCAGAGCUUGAUGAGAAGAUACGUAUUAUGCACAAACUGUUCUGGUCAUUGUCAGCGUUUGUUGCACUAGUCAGAUCUCUUCGGGCGUUACAUUUAACCGGCCAAAUCAUGAAGUCCUCAAACAAACCGAAGUGUACAGGGGUGCGGUUCACUCAGGCCUCGCUCACCACAUCCAAGUUGCUCCUGGAUGUACUGCACGCCGUCAGCUGGUUGCCGCGCGGCUGGCUGUGGGGCGGAGCACUAUCUACCACGAAGGUCUCUGCUAUCGCAACCGCAUCCGCCGUCUUUGGGCUUGUUAUGCAUUAUAAUGGGAAACGGUUACUACCACGGUAGAAUGAGGUAAAACGAUAAAUGUUUCUAAUACAGUCCAACCUGGAUAAGCAAGAAACCUCGUCCGGUUUUAAAGGACGACCUCCAUAAGCCAGAAAAUCGGCUUAGAGAAAAGAGAAUAUUAUUUCGGUCCCUUGGACUCUCGCUUAUCCAGGUUCGACUGUAAUAUUAAGUUUAUUUUAACUGAAUGAUCAGAGAUAUAGAAAAUGUAAUCAGCUCUAGGGUUUAAUUUUAACACAUUCAAUGCUACUAUUUUAGAAUGAAAAUGUACUCGAUAAGUGAACCGGUAACACUAAACUUGUUAUGUCGGAUUCAAAGCAAAUGGGGAUAAAAUUCCAAAACUGUUUCAGUCUAACGGAUCUGAUACGAUUUCUGAUGUAAUAUUUUUAAAAAGUAAUAAAUCAAAAAGUUAUUUAUACCGAA